AUGGUGAAAGCCUGGCUGCCGAUUCCCGAGGGCCCUGUUGUGGUAGACGCGGAAGCGGAGGCCAUGGGGAGUGCAAUGGUGGAGGUGUGUGACGCGGCCAUGCCGCGUGCCGGCCCGAUUCUCCCAAGGCGAAAAGUGUACUGGUGGUCCGCUGAACUUGCGCAGCUACGCGAGUCCUGCGUAUCCGCGAGACGCCGGUACACACACUGCCGGAGGCGGCGCAUACGAGACGUGCCCGAGGAGGAGCGCCUAUACGCCGCAUACUCGGUGGCCACCAAGUUGCUGCAGGGGGCAAUCGCCAGGGCAAAAGACCAAGCCGAGGAGGAGAUGCUGGAGACUCUAAACAGCGACCCGUGGGGAGGCCGUAUAAGAUGGGGCGGUUUCCCGGCCGUGGAAGUCGGGGAAACUCGUCCUACUGCGAAAGGAGGGGCGACCAGCAGCCUCGCCCUCGCCUAUAGACCCAUAGUGCUGUUGGACGAGGCCAGCAAGCUGUUUGAGCGCGUGGUGGCUGCUCGACUCGUUCGGCACCUCGUCGGAGUAGGACCGGACCUCAGUGACCACCAGUUCGGGUUCCGUCAGGGCAGGUCACCAUUGACGCUAUUGCGCAGAGCCGUCAGGUACCCAGCAAUCGGCGAGUGGAAGGAGAAGGAGCUGUCGUGCGGUGUUCCACAGGGGUCGGUCUUGGGACCCCUCCUGUGGAACAUCGGAUAUGACUGGGUGCUACGGGGGGGCAACCUGCCGGGGGUCAGCCUGGUAUGCUACGCUGACGACACCCUGGUGAUGACCCGUGGCAGCACCUUCAGGGAGGCGUCGAUCCGGGCCACGGCUGGAGUGGCCCGAUGGACGUUCCGGGAGCACUUCAAAGCCCUUGCUCCCAAACUGACUGGAGCAGCGUCGGCGCUCAGUCGGCUCCUGCCCAACGUUGGGGGGCCAAACGUGGGCUGUCGGCGGCUGUACGCGGGAGUGGUGAGGUCGAUGGCUCUAUACGGGGCGCCUAUCUGGGCCGACUGCCUGACUGCCGAAAACCAAGCCCAAUUGCGGAGGCCGCAGCGGGUCAUGGCAGUCAGGUUAGCGAGGGCAUACCGCUCCGUCUCCCAUGGUGCAGCCUGCGUGCUGGCGGGGACUCCACCCUGGCACCUAGACGCUGAGGUUCUGGCCGAUGUUUAUUGGCGUGUCGCCGAGGCGCGUGCCAGGGGAAUGCAACCACUUCUGGAGGAGGUAAGGCAGUGGAGGCUUGACUCCUGUCUACUGCUCCUUCAGAAGUGGAAGGAGAGUUUGGAGGCCCCGAGCGCGGGCCACUGGACCAUUGAGGCCAUCCGGCCCGUCUUGGAGAGGUGGGUCGGACGAAAGGAGGGGUUCCUCUCCUUCCACCUUACACAGAUCCUCUCGGGGCAUGGCUGCUUCGGGAGGUACCUGUCGAGGAGGGCAGGACGGGAACCGACGGCAGAAUGCCACGAGUGCGGCGAUGCCGAAGAUACGGCACUACACACGCUGGCGGUGUGUCCCGCAUGGGCUGAGCAGCGGGCCGCACUCGUGGCCGUAGUCGGAAAUGAUCUCUCCCUGCCAGCUGUGGUGGAAGCCAUGGUCGGCGGUGAGAGAUCGUGGAAGGCGGUAGCCUCCUUCUGUGAGGUCGUGAUGACGCAGAAGGAGGCGGCCGAGCGCGGAAGGGAGGAAGAUCCGGCCUCCCAGCCAAUGCGCCGCAAACGCGUGGGGCGGCGGCGGUUGGCUUACGACCGUCGGCUUCCCCCAUAG